CAUUUUUGAGGCGAAAUACCCAACAGGCAGUUUGUAAAAAAAUUAAACUAGUAGUUUUGAUAGCAUUUAAGGGAAUAAAGCCAUUGAUAGUUUUCAAUGCACUCAUUAUUAUCUGCUUUCAGCGUCCUUCAAGUCCACAAAUGCGCCAGUUGUCUUUAGGAAACAUGUUUGUUUUCCGGUUUCGCAAUUGAUAGCAAUAAUCCCAUUCUCGUUAACUGAGUGCGGGCAAAUCAAUCAAACAUUCCGAUUACAGCUUAGUUGGAAAAUUGGAUUGCAAAUACGCGCCUCUUUUAGUAUCUAGAUGAACCCCCGAUAUUUACACACCAAAUUAUUGGCGAUUAAUUCAAGCAGAUUAAUCUGGGCGAAAGAAGCCAAAUUCGAUUCUAAUCGCUUUCAACAGGAUAAUUGGUAGUAAUGCGGAAAUUCGUGCUGGUUUUGUGUGUUCUGGUUGUACUGGGCACUUUGCGGGGGAUUAGUUGCACAACCUUAACAUGGGAAGAGUUUGUCGAUAUGGUAAGAAGGCGCCCGAUGCCUGAAAAGUACGAGUUCAUCAGGGAUAACUAUCUAAGAGGCUACGAGCUGGCGCGCAAAAAACCGGAAGAUAUCCAGGUGCUGGAUCGGGAAAGCGAGCUGGCCUUAGAAAUGUUCCAAUUGGUGAUUCGAAAGGAAACCCGCAAUAGUAAGGAGGACGUUGAGCGCCUACUUACCAUGUCAACCAUUUGCUUCCCCUUACCAAUCGGUUGCAUCGACCCAGGCGAUUCAGGGCUUCGCCCCAUGCAAAUUAUGUUUUAAGUAAUUUUGUGCAUUUUAACAAUAGACUGAGUAAUUUUGUAUAUUUUGACAAUAAAUGUCUCACCUCCCAAA